CAUGGCAGACGACGCCGUAAGGAGUGUUUUGCAUUCAAUUGGUUUACAUUCACUGUAUCAAAAUUUUAUGAGUAAAAAAAUAGAUUCUAUUGAGAUUUGUAAAUCGUUAGAAGAUAACCAGUUAACAAAUUUAGGUCUGGUGACCAUUGGUGAAAGAAUUAAGUUUAAAAAUGCAGUGCAGCAUUGCCAAUGGCAAUCCAUGCCCAUCAUGCCCAUGGCUGAGAGCGAUACGGCCGCAUCUGGAUCUAGGAUCUCGACAGACGCUACAUUAAGAGAAAGGAACUCUUUAUUUAUGCCAAGUAGGUGCAGGCAGCCUAGUACCAGUACUUCUAUAGGCAAAAGAAAACGUCCACGAACUUGGACUGCUAAUUUUAUGUGCCUUUCAAACAAUCAUCAAAAUAAGGUACCUAACAGUGCUGAAAAAGAAUGCUUAUACAAGGCAGGUUUGGGUUUGAAAAAAGUAACUUUUGAAGGAGAUGCAAAAGAACAAAGUGUUCACGACACUCUUAUUAAAGCGUUUACAAAACUUGAACAGUGUGGGGGCUUUGAGCUAUUACAUUGUAACAGUUCGUGCAGAGAAUUGAAAAAACUUAAUUGUAAAUGGGAUGUUAAAACAUUGAAAAGUGUUGUAGGACCUCAAGGUAAAUUUUAUAUUAGACCCAUUCAAAAGUGUUUGACGGUUGAGGUAGUAACAGAAGAUGAAGAAACAGAGUUAAUGACAAAGUGUGACAUAUGCAAACAGGACGUUUCUUUAGGUCAGAUACGUAACCAUGUUGAGUCCUGUAUAGCCACAAAUCUGGACCAUACAGGAACGUACCUGUAUACUUCACAGGGAAAUUCAGAUGAAGAACUUCCUGAAAGUGCUUCAGAGAUAAUUCAUCAACAGGGGUUUUCCAUGGAAUUCCAUGAUUUACCAGAGAUUGCCAGCAUAACUUCCAUGGUGACCCUGGACAAUGUACUCCCGGGCAGUGAGGACCAGCAUAAUGGAGAUUAUUUAAGUACAAUUGUUAAAAAGUGUACUACAUUUUGUAAAUCCAAUGAUGUGUCUGAUCCUAUUCAUGUGCUAAAGAUCUUUCAAAAAGAGAUUGUCACUGGGAGACCAUUAGAACUAACAGAAGAGACAUCAUCUACGGGCAUUUAUGGUGAAACCAAUUUCAUUUUGGUAGACAGAGGCGAUCUACUGAAAACAGCAAUUGAGGAAAUAAGGGCAAUAAGCGACAUGAGGAAAUGCCUUGAAGUUCAGUUCUAUGGAGAGUUUUGCAGUGUGCUGCUGAUUUUGGAGGUCCAAGAAAGGAAUUCUUCUCUCUUGUCCUGCAUUGCAUUAAGGAAGAAUACUUCGAGCCAGUGAGAGAGUGGUCAGAUGACUAUGAAGCUGUUGGCAGAAUAUUGGCUUGUUCAAGAACUGCCAGCUGUUAUUCACCUGUUCACACCUCAACAGUCGAAUCCUUUAACGGUGAAGAUGUUGACACACCUAUUGAACCCACAGUUUAGUGCUGAAGGGUCAAACAGAAGACAGAGAGAGAAUUCCACAUACACGUUGUUCAUCAAAUACAUGCGUGAAGCUGCAAGUAAGUUCCAUUCAGUGUUUAUACAUUCAAUUGUGGUAUGCAUCCUUUUUGUAUACACUAAAGUCUUAAAUUGUGUCUAAAUAGCUCCACUUUUCAAAGGAAAAGAUUGUCAAACGCUAUUCAGAGCUCCAGAUAAGGGCCGUACAGCCGUAAAAACGCCUUUUUUCAUGAAGAUUUACGCAUUAAUUUUUAUAAACUGGACGUACAAUUACGACUUUAAUAUCCAUUUACGCAUUUACGAACAAAAUCUGGCCGUACCGAUUCGUCUGCGUCAGCGCGGCGUGAUUUGUUGGUCUCUAACCUAACGGCUUUUUUCGUUAAUUUAAAUUACCGAAAAGUUGUAGACUGGGUUCAUAUAUUAUUGUCUAUUCUGUUGCGUGAUUUCCUGUAACUUGUAAAUCCGUCAAAAACAAUAUGUCUGCGCGCAAUGGAAUGCCGGCUUAACCGAAAGCGGUUCAGAACAACACUUUGUUGUCAAAUAAUGACUACAUACGGUGUCGUCUAACCAUCCUGACAUUAAAUCUGUAAACCCAGAAAAAGACAUUGUCGCCCCGAUAUUAAACGAUUUGAUUGCAUCGAUGGCUUAAAACGUUAGAAAACACGAUGGGAAACGGAUGAGACAGUGAAAUAAGUGUUCAUUUACUUAGCUUACUAGUUGGCUUGUGUUUUCUUGUCAAGAAAAAUGAAGAAAUAGUAUUAGUCAUGAGUUUUAAUGUGAA